AUGUUUUGGAGUGGGGGGGCAGUCUGGGAGGGGUCUCCGACCAUAUUCCCGGAAGAGAAGCAGCCGUGGAGAAGAGGAGGAGUAGAAGGUGCGGGUAGGAUUUGCAUCUGCAAACAGCGCAGCUGGGGGGGGGGGAGGAGGAGGAGGGAAAGGGUUUUAUGGCGGGGGGGCGCGUGGGGAAUGAGAGGAAAGCAGGGAAUUGGCUCCCCCACCCUUUCCCUCCGGGCUUGCCUUUUGCAAGAUUUGCGUCCUUGGAAGCAGGCGAAGACAUUUUGGUGCAAUCUGACCGGGACGCUGAAGAGCCGCCAGGUGACAGCUGCUCCCCCUCCCACAAUGACCAACUUGCAUUCAAUAUUAUUAUUGUAUAUAACAUAAUCGAUCACAAAUAUUUCAUUCGGGGUUUGCUCCUACGAUGUUUUGUGCAUCUUUGCACACUGAGCAGCGGGUUUGGACCCCCGCGCAUGCUUGCUCAGAAUUGCAGCCCCCCAUCCUGGCUAGCGAUGCUCCGGCUUUGUCUUACAACCCCCCUACCUCCUGCCACCCCCUCAUCACCCUAUGACCCUUUCCUUCCUUCAGCCACUGCUCCUUCCAGGCUGCGGGGGUGGGGAGGAGAUAGGGGUGGGCAGGGAGGCUGCUGUUGUACAGUGGAAUCAGCUUGGCAGGAAGGGACAUGGGGCAGAGGGGGGUGGCGGCGUUUGCUGUGCUGCUGUUGUAGCCCCAGAGCAGGAGAAUACAGACACCUUUGCUUUCCCAGAGAGGGAGGGGAUUUUGAAUGGGGAGGUGUGGGUUUUGUGGAAUGGACAAUGCCCGGGAAGUUUCUUUCAUGCCUUUUGAUUUGUUGGAAGCCGCCCAGAGUGGCUGAGGGAACCCAGUCAGAUGGGUGGCAUAUAAAUUUAUCAUUAUUAUUUAUUUAUACCCUGCCCUUCUGGCUGGGUUUCCCAGCCACUCUGGGCGGCUUCCAACCAACUAUUAAAAACAACAUAGCGUCAGUCAUUAAAAACUUCCCUAAACAGGGCCGCCUUCAGUUGUCUUUUAAAAGUAAAAUACAGUGGUACCUCAGGUUAAGAACUUAAUUCAUUUUGGAGGUCUGUUCUUAAGCUGAAACUGUUCUUAACCUGAAGCACAACUUUAGCUAAUGGGGCCUCCUGCUGCCGCCGCGCGAUUUCUGUUCUCAUCCUGAAGCAAAGUUCUUAACCCGAGGUACUAUUUCUGGGUUAGCGGAGUCUGUAACCUGAAGCGUCUGUAACCUGAGAUACCACUGUAGUUGUUUAUUGCCUUGACAUCUGCUGGGAGGCCUGGAAGGCCCUCGGAGCUGUACCUCAGUGUCCGGGCUGGAUGAUGGGGGUGGAGACGCUCCUUCAGGUAUACUGGACCGAGGCAGUUUAAAGGUCAGCACCAACACUUUGAAUGUGCUCGGAAACGUACUGGGAGCCAAUGAAGAUCUUUCAGGACCAGUGUUAUGUGGUCUUGGCCGCCACUCCCAGUCACCAGUCUAGCUGCCGCAUUCUGGAUUAGUUGCAGUUUCCGAGUCACCUUCAAAGGUAGCCCCACGUAGAGCACAUUUAUUAUUAUUAUUGGCUUUGGGAGCUUCCUUAGCAAGAAAGAGGCUGAUGUGAGAAGGAGCCAAAAGGAAUCAAUGAUACUUUUGGAGGGGGCGUUAAGGGGGGAGGCAAAUGGGGAGGGGUUGCUGCACUGCUCUUCUUGUAAGGAUAAAGGCUGGAGGACUUGGUGUGCCACUCUUGAAACCUUUGCGGAACUUCCUCUCCAUGAACGGUGAGGUUUUCUGUUGUUAUUACUGCCAGUUGCCUUCUUCUCAGGGUCCCCUCUUGGACUCCUUUGGUCACUAGAAGAAAGGGCACUUUUCACUUGCUUGCACCCUCAGUUCCCUCUUUUCCCUUCUCUCUCUCCUCUCUGUAUAUCAUUCCUGAAUCUUGGACAUCUCUGGGUGGGUGUGAGAGAGAGCUUGGAAAUGUUUGCAUUUUUGCCUCGUGUGUAUAAUAUCAAUCUUGCUAUUAUUUUCUAUGUGCUCCAUCAAGAUAGAGGCGGGUUUGAAACUGUGUUCAGGACGGAUGCCCUGCAGCCUAGUUUGACCCCCCAGUUAUUUCUCACCCUGUUCCACCUCACUGUGCUGGAAUAUUAAAACAGUUCACACACACCGACGCUCUUAGACUGCACUGGCUCCCGGUGGAGUACAGGGUCAGGUUUAAGGUGCUGGUUUUGACCUUUAAAGCGCUGUGCAGCCUAGUACCCACAUACCUACGGGACCGCCUCUCCUGGUAUGCCCCGCGGAGGACCUUAAGGUCCACAAAUAACAACACUUUGGUGGUCUCAAGGAGGUUAGAUUGGUUUCAACCAGGGCCAGGGCCUUUUCAGUACUGGCCCCGACGUGGUGGAGCAGCUCUGUCACAAGAGACUAGGGCCCUGCGGGACUUGACAUCUUUCCGCAGGGCCUGCAAGACAGUGCUGUUCCGCCUGGCCUUUGGUUUGGACUUGGUCUGACCCUUAUGUUUCCCUCCCUUAUGGUCUUGAUUUAUCAGCUAUUUUAUAAUGCGGCUGCAUUUUAAAUUGCAUUUUAACCUAUAUUUUAAAUUGGUUUUUCUUUUUUCUCCCUCUCUUUCCCCCCUAUUAUGUUUUUACUGCGAUUUUAUUUUAUUGGUGUUAGCCACCCUGAGCCCGGCUCUGGCAGGGGACGGCGGGGUAUAAAUAAAAUUUAUUAUUAUUAGAGGAAGCCCUGGAGGGCCAUAAGUCACUAAUCUUCCUAUCUCUGCCCCGCAAACUACAUUCCAUGUUUGAGCUGAGAUGGAGAUGCCCUCCAGAUGUCAGCUUUCUUCCAACCAGAGAGUCUUGUCAGUAUUUUAGGGCUUUUCUUUAUUUAUAAAUGUGUCAAAAGGUCAGAAAGGGGAUAUCCUGGAUGGCUGUUUUGGAGCAAGCAAUAAGUGUCCACCCAGCUCUACCUCUCUUUCAAAUCAGAACCAGUGAAGGCGGUGAAGGUCCUGUGUGAGUGUCUGGAGGCAGUUGGAGGAUGGAUGGCGGCUAACAGAUUGAGGUUGAAUCCUGACAAGACAGAAGGACUGUUUUGGGGGGAUGGGGGUGGGCGGGUGUGGGGGACUCCUUGGUCCUGAAUGGGGUAACUAUGCCCCUGAAGGACCAGGUGCGCAGCCUGGGAGUCAUUCUGGACUUACAUCUGUCCAUGGAGGUGCAGGUUCAUUCUGUGUCCAGGGCAGCUGUCUGCCAGCUCCUCCUGGUACGCAGGAUGAGACCCUACCUGCCCAUGGACUGUCUCAUGCAUGUGGUGCAUGCUCUAGUGAUCUCCCGCUUGGACUACUGUAAUGUGCUCUACGUAGGGCUACCUUUGAAGGUGACCCGGAAACUGCACUUAAUCCAGACUGCAGCAGCUAGACUGGUGACUGGGAGAGGCCGCCGGGACCACAUAACACCGGUCCUGAGAGAUCUGCAUUGGCUCCCAGUACGUUUCCGAGCACAAUUCAAAGUGUUGGUGCUGACCUUUAAAGCCCUAAACGGCCUUGGUCCUGUAUACCUGAAGGAGCGUCUCCACCCCCAUCGUUCAGCCCGGACCCUGAGAUCCAGCGCUGAGGGCCUUCUGGUGGUUCCCUCAUUGCAAGAAGUGAGGUUACAGGGAACCAGACAGAGGGCCUUCUCGGUAGUGGCGUCGGCCCUGUGGAACACCCUCCCACCAGAUGUCAAGGAAAGAAACAGCUAUCCUAUCUUUAAAAGACAUCUGAAGGCAGCCCUGUCUAGGGAAGUUUUUAAUAUUUAAUGCUGUAUUAUGUGAGUUCUGCAGAGGUACUGACCAUAAUGCUUUCUGUGAAGCCUGAUUAGGUAGCUUAUAGCAUUAGAAAGUUCCUGUAUAAAGGAUGGCCUUGUUCCCAUUCCCUGUCUCUCCCCCGCAGGGCCAGGGAUGGCUUCUCUAGAGAGCUGCUUCCUGUUUUGAAGUGUUCCCUUCAGGCCUCCUCAUUCUCCUUCUCUCUGACAGGCAGCCUGAUGGCCACAGAGACACCGUCUGGACCAUCUCUUCUUACAGGUGCGGUGGGAAAAGGUGCCAGGCAGCUCCCUCAGGUAAGGAAACAGAAUCGGGGGAGGGCAGGUAGGAAUUGGUUGGGUAUUAUUUAUGAUUAAUGAUUGAAUUUGCUAGUUGCUUUAUCCUGCCCAGGGCCACCAAAAGCAACCGAGAACCAAGAAACCAAACAGACAGAGAUGAGGGGGAUCUAAGAGAAGUUGUCUUGGCUUCUUCUUCCAGGAUCUGGUGACCUUCCAGGCCCUCUUGACCUUUGAGGAGGUGGCUGUGUUUUUCACGGAGGAGGAGUGGGCUCUGCUGGAUCCUGGCCAAAGAGCUCUGCACAAGGAAGUCAUGGAGGAGAAUUAUGAGAUGCUGGCCUCUCUAGGUAAGGAUGCAUUUUUAUGCCGCUGGACUGCUAGACGUUGAAGGUGUCAAGCAGCUUUUGUGCAUUUAUUCAUGCAGAGUAGGAAUAAUUUAAGAAGAAUAGCCCGCUUGGAUCCCCAUUUUUGCAGAUGUACCCUACAAUAUUUGCAGCUUUGUUCUCUGAAGAAGCAUCCAUAUAUUCACACAAAUGCCCCUUGUGACAGUGGGGACCACAAGGCCCUAUCCUUUUCACAUUGCGUGUCUUUAUAGGAUCCGGAUAUGGCAAUCCUUCCUCUUUGCCUUUGUCGACAUAGAUACGGAUUGAUUUGAAAUGACUGAGAGUUUUGUGCUCCAAAGUAGCCAAUAAUAUCUCUUUCCUUGGCAGAAUCAGACCUCAGUUCCUGUUGGGAAGGACAAAAUCCAUUCCUCCAGGACCCCAAAGAAGGGGAGACCUCAGCAGGUACCAGUGUUGGGAGGGGGCCCUUUUGCUCCAGGAAGAGAGGGAGGAGAACCUAAUGCCUUUAUGUUCUUCUUCACAUCCUCCUUGAGUGCUUUUUCCUGGCUGCUUUGUUUCCUUGAAAUCUGAUGGGGUUUCUUGCUUGCCUAGAUAGACGACAGAGAGGAGGAUGUAGCAACUCUGCUCCUGUCCAAAGGUGACAGUUGCAUUUGUUGUUACACCCCUUCUGCCCCUGGCCCCCACAAAGCAUGAACAUGCACACCUGAAGCUGCAAAAAAUUGACCGUGUCUGGAAGACUUUGGGUCUGAUCCAGCAGGACUAUUCUUCUAGAGAGCAGAGGUGUCCUCCAGGCUGAGUUUUCCCUUCCAAUGUGCUGAGAUAUUCCCUCAAGUUCAAAAUAUCCACUAUGGUUCCCUUGAAGUCAGUGUACAGUGAGAUCCUCUUCACGGGUGUCAGGUGGAUUCUGCUGGGUCCACGUGUCCCCUCUGCUAUCACCACAGCAGGAGAUUUAAGAUCUUGCCUUUCCCUGCUUUUGGGAAGGGAGCCAUGGCAGUAGUAGCAGUAGGAGUGUCUGGGCAUAUUGUACAGUCAUACCUUGGGUUAAAGACGCUUUGGGUUAAAUCUUUUCAGGUUGCGUCCUGCAGCGACCUGGAAGUACCGGAAAGGGUUACUUCUGGGUUUCCCCGCUCAUGCAUGCGCAGACGCUCAAAAUGAUGUUACACACAUGUGCAGAAGCGGCGAAUCGCAACCCGCACACACGCAGACGUGGGUUGCGUUCUGCUCUGGUUGUGAAUGGGGCUCGGAACAGAUCCCAUUCACAACCAGAGGUACCACUGUACUCAGAAUUAACUGGCCUUUUGGAAAGUAUUUCCCAAACCAGAGUUCAUCGGUUGGGUGGAAGGAGAAGAUGUUAGGAAAACAUUAUUCAAGAAACAGAUAAAAGUUCCUUUAGGCUUUAAAGAGGGUUCCAGAAUUUUCUUUAGCGUGUUGGAGUGCCACUCUUGGCUUGAUUGGUGCAAAUAAAGGAAGGAAAUUGCAGGCUGCAAUUCUGCACAAGGAAAGCACACACACACACACACACACACACGCACACACACACACUGAGUUUAUACCAUGCUGGAAAGAUAUAGUAGGCAUGUAAAUAGUUUGUAUAUAUUUGUAACUGAAAUGCUUGUGCAACAAGUCAAGCAAUAUAGAAGCUCUUGACUGAGGAAUCUGACUAUGACUACUGUUCUUGUAAGGAAACAGGUGGCGCAGUGGGUUAAACCACAGAGCCUAGGACUUGCCGAUCAGAAGGUCGGUGGUUCGAAUCCCCGCGACGGGGUGAGCUCCCGUUGCUUGGUCUCUGCUCCUGCCAACCUAGCAGUUUGAAAGCACGUCAAAGUAGAUAAAUAGGUACUGUUCUGGCGGGAAGGUAAACGGCAUUUCCGUGCGCUGCUCUGGUUCGCCAGAAGUGGCUUGGUCUUGCUGGCCACAUGACCCAGAAGCUGUACACCAGCUCCCUCGGCCAGUAAAGCAAGAUGAAUGCUGCAACCCCAGAGUCGUCCGCAACUGGACCUAACAGUCAGGGUACCUUUACCUUACUGUUCUUGUCAUCUGCCUCCAGGGAAAUAUUCUGCUACAAGGAGGUGCCACCACACAAGCAGAAAGCGCAGCCGAAGUGUGUGGGCGGUAACCUCCAAUAAAAGAUCCAUUUGGAUGGGGUUCUAAGGAAAGGUAAAGAUCAGAAAGUGGGAGUCACAGCAGGUGGAGCGGAAAGGGACCUUGAGAUUGUAGCAUAUUCAGAAAUUAACUUCAGAUUCAGCUGGACAGGGGGAGAGAGGGAGGGGGACAAGCUUGAAAAACAUAUAAACAAAGAACUGAGUUCAAUGUGUAUUGAGGGUCUCUGCUUCUGCCUUCCGAUUUGAAUGGCAUUUUCUUUUUCUCGCUCAAAACAGGUAAUGGGCAGAAGAGCGAGAAUCGUGGAGAGCCAUCUGUGGGGUCAUCGGGAAAUGUGGAGUGUGAAACAGCAAAGAGAAAUUUGUAA